GAUUAUUUCAAGUAUAAUAUUUUGGUUAAAAUAUAUAAUACGUACACACUGACUAAAUCAAUCCUGUGGUCAUCAGCCUCCAUGUCCAGUCCUUAUUAACUUGAAAUCAAGUUUCAAUUAAAGAAGUUGCAGAAGUUGAAAGGUGCUCAAUAUGUCAACCAAUAGCAGCUCUGAUUGGUUUUCUUUGGUGUACAUGAGGUCAAGUGCAAAUCAUUUGAAGUCUUUGCUGCUGUUUAUUUCUGAAAUCACAAAAUUAUCACUUAUGACAGAAAACAAGAAUUUCAUCAACGUAGGAUGCUUAUUUACAGUGUUUCUUCCAUCAUCAUUGAUUUGGAAUCCUCAGAGGAUACACCAACAAAUGCAGAAGAGAUCUAACUUUCCCUAUCAAAAUUUAUGUAUAUAGCAAAAUCCUGUUGUCAAAAUGCAACAUUACGCGUAUCAGUUUUAUUACACAAAAACAAGAAGCCGAAAGAACCAUAAAACAGAUCGAUAGGGUAAUUAAACACAUGGGUGACGGUCUAUAAUCCAUAAAAUCAGCAUCAGGAGAAUAUUUCCACUAUAUAUGCGAUUCAAUCAAUAGUGAAAGACAUCAAACGUUUUUAUUUUGAAGCUAGUGAAAUGCAGACGAUAGGAGACAUAUAUGUUCACAAUGAGAAAGAUCUUUACAACAUUAAUGUUCUUCAAGGUUCCAUGGACCAUGAAUCGACAGAAAGAAUAGAUGUUUACAUGGAACCACUCUAUGAAACUUUCUUUUGUCCAUUGACAAAUAAGAUAAUGGAUGAUCCUGUUACAAUCGAAACAGGCAUCACUUAUGAGCGAGAGGCAAUAAUAGAAUGGUGUAAAAAGUUUGGUGAUCCUGCUGACAUCAUUUGUCCAAAAACAGGCGUUAAGAUAACCAGUCAAGUUUUCAACAGAAAUAUUGCAUUAAUGGAAACGAUCAAGAAAUGGGAGGAAAGAAAUGAACAAGCAAUUAUAAGGGCUGCAAAAUCAACUCUAUCUUUAGCUACUAACAAGACCAUGAUUCUUGAAGCGUUGAAUAAUUUGCAAACUUUAUGUAGAAAAAAACAAUACAAUGUGGUUGAGAUACGUACUAUUGGUGUCAUACCACUUCUUGGAAGAAUCUUGGGACAUGAAGACAAAGAUGUGGUCUUUGAAGCUCUUGAGUUACUAAAAAAGUUGGCUGAAAAUGUUGAGGAUGAUGAUGAUGAUGGAAAAGAAAUGAUUGUCAAGACAAUGGACUUAUCGGUUAUAAUACAGAAUUUGUCGAGUGAAGUUGAAUGUAUUAGGCAUGCGGCUUUGCUUCUUCUUGUUGAUCUUUCAAAAAGUGGCGAAUUUUGUGAUAAAUUUGGUUCGGUUACCGGAGGAGUUUUAAUGCUGAUUACUCUGAAGUAUAGACAGCCAAUUGAUGAGUUGGCUUUAGAGAAAAUUGAUGAAAUUUUGAAAAACUUGGAGAGGUCAUCAAGUAACAUCAAGUGUAUGGCAGAAAAUGGACAUUGGCAGCCCCUAUUGCAUCAUUUUCUUGAAGGUGAUGAAGAGACCAAGAUGGAAAUGGCAAGUUUCAUUGGCGAAAUUUUUCUUGGAAACGAUGAUGAUAACAACACCUACGUUGCGGAAACUGCUUCACAUGCUCUAAUCCAAAUGGUGUUUCAAGGUAACUCGUUGGCAAGAAAUGUUGCAUUUAAAGCACUGAAGCAAAUCUCAUCUCACCAUGAAAACGGAAAGAUUCUUGUGAAAUCAGGUGCAAUAACUAACAUGUUGCAUGAAAUGUUCAAAAGAACAAUCUAUAAUGAGCCAACGAAUUCGAAAGCAGAAGCAGCUGGGAUACUUGCAAACAUCCUUGAAUCAGGAGCGGUUGACCUAACAGACCUUCAACUUGACCACACAAUGUCAUUGGAUUACGUCAUUUACAAUUUCGUGAAGGGUGUCUCCAAUUCAACACCAGAUGAAUUGAACAUCAACUUUGUUAGAAUCCUAUUGUGCCUCAUGAAAUUCCCAAAAACAUCGGAUAUCAUUGUGUCGUUGGUAAAAGAGAGCGAUUUAUGCACAAAUUUGAUUGAACUUCUGAAUAACCCAAAAAUAGAUCGUGUUCAGAAAUCUGGCAUGAGAAUGAGCAAAUAUGGAAGUGAUUAUUUUGAAGGACUUGUGGGAAUUCUUGUUCGGUUUACAUCAACUCUAUACGAGCAACAGUUUUUGGUUUUAGCAAUGAGUUUUAGGUUCACAAGAAUGUUCACAGAAUUGCUUACGACCACAAGUGAUGAAGUUCAGAGGUUAUCAGCAAUUGGGUUACAGAAUCUUUCAUCAAAGACUAUUUUUUUAUCAAAGCCAGCCGAUAUCAAGGAAUCCAAGUUGAGAAAGUUUUCAUUUUUACAGAAAUGUUUCCCAUUCAAUUCAAGAAAACUUAAAACCACACCAAUGUACAUGUGCCCAGUUCACAAAGGAGUUUGUUCUUCUCAAGAAACCUUUUGUUUGCUUGAAGCAAAUGCGAUUCAGAAGUUAUUGACUUGCUUUGACCACAAGAAUGUAGAGGUAGUGGAGGCUGCAUUAUCGGCUAUUUGCACUUUGUUAGAUGAAAGAGUUGAUUUGGAAACAAGUGUGAGUAUUUUGAUCCAUGAAAAGGCUAUACACCAUGUUUUGAAUGUGGUGAAGGAGCAUAAAGAUGAGUCUUUAAGGCAAAAAUCGUUUUGGAUUUUAGAGAAAAUGUUGAUGAAAGGAGAUGAAUACUCAACUUCUGAAAUAUCACAAGACAGGUUCUUCCGUGCAAUGUUGAUCAAUACUUUGCAUCAUGGCCAUGCUGACGUUAAGUUGAUGGCUGAGAGAAUCUUGAGGCAUUUGAAUACAAUGCCUAACUUUAAUACGAAUUAA